UGCAUGCAGUCCUGAGUAGCGACAAUCAGUCCUUCGUCUACAACGAGUUCAUAAUCUUGCUCUUGUAGUGCCUUCGGAACCUCCAACUACGAGCUUUUAGAAUGACGAGUUCUAAUUUACAGAUCAUACGCUUUGUUUUGUUUCUACAGGCAUUGGGGUCGGGUAGCAUUUUCGGAGAAGGUUUCCAACAUCAGCAAUUCUCCAUCCUCGAGAGCUAUGCGGGGAGGAGAACGAGUCGUUCUAGCCUGGUCUCGUUUUCGAAGUCGAAAGCAGAUGAAGGGAGUAGCGAAAGUACUGUGGAGGAAUAUCGCAAUGUCGCAACCAAGAUUCUAUCCAACUUCAUGCAGAAGGACAAGAUGGAGAUCAGUGACGACGAAAACACGAGCUCAACCGUCGAUUUUGAAUCGCCCAAAAUAUCCCCUUCAACAUCGCUGGAAACUUUAAUCUCAGCUCUCGAUUAUGAACUGUCCGAGAAAGAAUGGUUUGUAACAGGGAAUGUAAAUCCUUCAUACUUUUCAGAAGACUUCACAUUUCAAGAUCCGGACGUAAAAGUGGAAAGUAUCGAAGACUACAGCAAAGGUGUGCGGAAAAUAUUUAACCAAUCUACAGCUCGAGCUGAAAUCAUUUCCACGGCUUUGACUGAGGAAGUUUCUUCAUCUGGAAACCCAGUUGUCACAGUGACAUGGCGAUUAUCUGGUGGAGUAAAUAUCGGAUUUGGUCUUGACAUCAAGCCAUACAUCGUAUAUACUGACUUUGUGAUUGAUCCAAACACAUCACUAAUUAUUUCCCAAGAGGACCGUUUUGAUAUUCCAUCUUGGGAUAUAUUGCUGAGGUAUGUAAUUUUGAUGAUACUCUUCUACUAUUUGUAUGUCUCCUCCGACAAUAUAUUGAAGGUUUGAUGUUGGCUCCUGACUUUUUCUUUGUUUUACAUUUAAUGAUCUUUGUUUUGAAACCAAUAGCGCGCUAUUUCCUUUUCUAAUUGGAAAAGUGACCAAACCACCAGCUGCCGCCGUUCCCAAACGAAAGCUCACGAUGCCAAAAAUCGAACUGAUUGGAUCGGAAUCGAGAUCAUCAGAUCUUAGCGGUGUGUUCAAAUCGAUAUUUGGAGAUAAAUCAUGAGUACAUAACUCGUUGACUACUAACUAAAUACACUAGGAUUUCGAUCGUAUCCUUUCACCACUUUUUAUUAGGUAAACCAAAAGAUUGGAAUUCUUCUUUCCCAUGCUACUCGUAUGCUUGUGCUAAUAGUAAUCAUAGGGCUAAGCCACAGAAAAAUGCCACGGGAAAAAGGGCGUCAUGAAAUAAGGGAAACACCAGAAUUGUCAAGUCAAUCAAUUUAUCAAUAGGCUUCGAAAGUCGAUGAUUCCGAGUUGAUCCCCAUAUAUCAUAGCAAAGAAARUCUGAAAUCUAAGUGUGCGGGUUCGCGAUUUGCAUGGUUUCGGAAUUGGAUAAGAAACUCAUUCUUUCGCCUUAGCGAACGACUGCGUGAAUUCUCUAGCUCUCUUCAAUGCCUCCGGUUCGUUACUUUUCCAUAGAUCAGCUACAUUAUUGUCGAGAGGAUCAUCGGGAUUYGGUGCACUCAGCAGAGCUUGAAUCGAUAGUAAAACGGUUCUAAUUUGCAAGGCUGGACUCCAUUUGUCUUUCAAAAUAUCCAAACAGAUUCGUCCAAGUUUGUCCACAUUGGGAUGAAAAAUUUUGGUCAGAAAUCUUACUUUGGGUGGUGCCAUAGGGUAGUCCGAUGGCAAGAAUAAUUCCAAACGAAAGACACCUUUUUCGUAUGGACUAUCCUCCGGACCCUCAAUAGCAACCGAGAAAUAUCGCAAAUUGUCCGCGUAAGGUGUUGCACUGAUCCCCGCUACUGGUUCUGAAACCAGGCGUUGCGUUUCCUAAAAUAGCACGAAAGGWASCGAUGCAUAAAAGGUCAGACUCUAYAAAUGAUGAAGACGAUGAUGACCGUAAAACGAAGGCAAAGAAAAGCGCGCCGUGGAACAAGAUCGGAAAACAAUCAAACAAUAAGGCUCCUGUUGUUACAUGCGGGCAAUAUAGAACCUACCUUUACGAUUCGACGGGGCAGACUCAUUUUGAACGUCUAAUAGAAUGCUUAGUCUCCGCUAUGAAUGUUUGGAUGACAGAACAAAGUGAAAAAAGAUGACGGAAAAUUGUAACUCUCGAGGAUCGUUGCCAAUAGAUUGAUAAUUGCAUC